UCUCUGUGUGUGACUGAUCUAGGCUAGGCUACUAUAUGAGCCGACGAUGCGGACAUUGUGGACUGGAUGUGUGUGUUUCAUCAGCCUUUUAACAGCUGUAUCUGGUGAACUUCGUUUUGCAUCGUAUUAUGGUGACCACAUGGUUCUACAGAAGGCCCCAGAGAGAGCCGUGAUAUGGGGCUAUGGGACAAACAACACGACUGUUUUAGUCAACCUCACAGGGCUGUCCAACAGAAAGACAUUCAGGAGUGCCGUGAGAGACCGUAUUUGGAGGGUGACCCUUGAUCCUGUGAAGUCGGGAGGUCCUUACAACCUGAGCGCUGUGGAGAGGGGUGGGAGUGAUGGCGAGGUCAUGCUCACAGACGUGAUGUUUGGGGAUGUGUGGCUUUGUGGAGGACAGAGCAACAUGGCCUUCACCGUCUAUCAGGUAUAUAACAGCUCAGCAGAGCUGGCCUUGGCCUCGAAGUUCCCAGAUGUGCGCAUCUUCCAGGCUGCCCUGGAGACGAGUUCGGUUGAACUUACAGAUCUCUCUGGAGUCUCUGUGCCUUGGUCUGUGCCCACGGCAUCUUUACUGGGUGGUGGAGAUUUCACUCAAUACUCUGCGGUCUGCUGGCUGUUUGGACGCUACCUGUACCAGACCUUGCAGUACCCUAUCGGCCUGGUGGAGUCGUGCUGGGGAGGGACACCCGUGGAGGCGUGGUCCUCUACCAGAUCCCUCCAGAAGUGUGGAAUUCCCCAGGCAACAGAGAGUUACAACGACUUCAUAGAGGAUGAACCAUUAUUGUUGGCUGGCCCAAAGGAAAACUCUGUGCUGUGGAAUGCUAUGAUCCACCCUCUGCUCAACAUGACCAUCACAGGUGCCAUCUGGUAUCAAGGUGAGAACAACCAUAACUACAACCUUGAUAAGUACAACUGCACCUUCCCCAGCAUGAUCGACGACUGGAGGAUGGCCUUCAACCAGGGCUCAGGGGGCCAGACUGCCCCAGACUUCCCCUUUGGAUUUGUGCAGCUGUGCACCGAAAGGCAGGAUAAUGUGCCGGACGGCUUCCCAGAGGUCCGCUGGCAUCAGACAGCCGACUUUGGCUACGUUCCUAAUGAGCGCAUGAAGCGGACCUUCAUGGCCGUGGCCCUUGACUUACCCGACACUGCUUCACCUUGGGGCACUGUCCACCCACGUUUCAAACAGGAUGUGGCCUACAGAUUGACCCUUGGUGCGCGGGCGGUUGCCUAUGGCGAAAAUGUAUCCCACCAGGGUCCCUUCCCAAGUUCUGUUUUUUUGGAUGGCACCUAUCUAAUACUAACUUACAAUCAGAACGUUUCUGCCACCCCAGCCAAAGAUACAUUUGAGGUCUGUUGUUCCAUGGAAAAGGUGCAGUGCAGUUCUGGGGAUAUUUUCUGGAUGUCUGCUCCCAUGGUGCCACAGGGCCCUUCCACGGUGGCCUUGACCCUAGGGGGCUGCCGGGCCGAGCAUGUGGCCUCCCUGCGGUACGCCUGGAAGGACUGGCCCUGUGACUUUAAGGCCUGCCCCGUCUACAGCGCUGACAGGAUCCUGCCUGCACCACCUUUUGUCCUGCACCAGUGGCCCUAGCAAGACAGAGUCACUGUGCCCUUACUCACAAAGUGGGCAGGAGAGCAGCAGCAUUGACGCCUGACAAUCAGUCGGCCUGAGUUUGAAUCAAAUACCUCACACUGUGAAUCCAUGCCACUUUGGAUAAAGGCAGCUGUCACUUUACUUUUACAAAUUGUUUGGGGGGGGGGGGGGGGGGUGCUGUUAGUUGACUGUUCUAAGGUCACAUACAGACUGUUAGUGAGCCUUUCCUGAGUUUCCUAAGCCUUUAAUCUCUCAGUCUGGGCAGGGCAAUGGACAUUUCUAUGAUAUCCAAAUUUUUUGAGAUGCACUUGUAUAUGCAAAAAUGGUCAAUUAUGAAAACAAGGAGCUGCAUGGGAGUUGUGCUGAGGGUUGUGAUUCACCCUCAAUAUUUAUUUACCUUGCUAACAUAAUUUGACCAAUGAUUGAAGAUGUGGUACUUGGCAUGCUGUUGUUAACAUAAACACAUACACUCAGA